UGCAGGAUGUUAGUAGUGGUGAUCACCCAAACAAAUGCAUGGACAUAGACCUGCUUCUGUACCAGUUCGAGAGAAGAUGGUGGCCGCUGUGCUCGCCUUGUUCUCCUCAAGUAAACAUGUUCAACCUGAUGAGCAACUGCUGCAGCUGGGUCUCCAAAAUCCAGGAGCCAAUCAGGAAAGUGACCAUUCUUGUGGUUGGUCUUGACAAGGCAGGAAAGACCUCUUCGAUCAGAGGGAUGUUAAAAGUCCCUCCUGGGGUUGAUGUAGGGCCCACUCAGGGCUGCAUUAAAAAUGAGCUGAGAGUUGAAAACUACCUUGUUACGCUGUUGGACGUUGGAGGAUCCGUGGAGUCCCGUGGAGUUUGGAGGGAGCUCUAUGGAGAAGUCCAUGCUGUCAUCUUUGUGGUGGAUUCCAGCGACAGGCAGAGGAUGAAGGAGGCCAGGGAGGUUCUUGCAGACCUGCUGAAGCAACCGAGAGUUGCAGGAAAACCCAUAUUAGUGUUGGCAAACAAACAGGAUAAGAUGAACGCCUUGCUGGGAACUGAACUGAUUGAGAUUCUCUCUCUGGAAAAGCUAGUCAACCAGAGCCGUUCUUUGUGCCAUAUUGAACCUUGUUCAGCCUUAAUGGACCUGCGGCGCUGGUCGGACAGAAAAACUCUGCGAGGCCUUCGCUGGUUGCUGCGUGCUGUUUGCCUGGAUUAUCCGGAGCUGUGUGCACGGGUGGCCCAAGACAGCAAGAGGCCCCUGGAGCCCAGAGAAAAAGAAAAGAGAGGAAAAGCUGAGAAAGUGCAAAGAAAAACCAAAAUGGAACGGAGGAGAUCCAGCAAGUCAGAUCUGCGUCAGGUUCAUCGGCCCAGAGACAAGGAGAAACGGAGCAAUAGUGAAGGAAAGCUGCAGCCCAUACGGAACAUGCUGCAAAAGGAAAAUACACUGAAAAAGAGGCUGAGGUCAAGUAAUAUGAGGAAGAAGUCAGUCAAGAUCAAAAAAGCUGCAAAAGACGUUGAGGAGCCUCCUGAAGAGGAGGAGGAGGGAGAAGGAAAUGAAGGAGAGCAGGAUAAUCCUGGUAGCAGAGACAAAGCCAGUAGUGCCCUGAUCCCUCCUAAAAAAGGCAAACUGAAACGCAAGACCAAAGUGAAAGAGGAGACACUGGACGCUCCGGAAUCACUCACAAGCAACGAGACGCCAACCAAAGGUAAAGGAGAAAGGAAGAGGAAGAAGAAGGUUGUUAAGGUGAAAAGAAAAAACAAGAUCAACACAGAGGGAAUGCCUGUGGCUUACUCUCAACCUGUGGACCUUUCUGCAACUUUUGACCUCUACCGAAAAGCAAUCCUGGCUCUGAAGGAACGUCAGGAUCAGGCUCCAACACAGUAAAUCCUGGUUGCUUCCAGCCACCCCAACAGAGCAGUAGUACCAAGCACACCUCAUCACCUGGAUAUACCUGUGUGUUUUGUUAAAACCAAAGAAAGUUGUAUUGACAUGAACCCCGAGCCUUUGAGCAGAAACCUCAGUGAGCAGUGAAGGGAAGGCAAU